CAGCUGCCCUAACCCCGCCCCCGACCGUGCAGCUGGAACACCGCGCGCUGUCCGGCACAGGUCGGGAUGCGCAGCCGCCUCUGGCUGGGCCUAGCCUGGCUGCUGUUGGCGCGGGCACCGGGCGCUCCGGGAGGGUACCCGCAUCUGGAGGGCGACGUGCGCUGGCGCCGCCUCUUCUCCUCCACUCACUUUUUCCUGCGUGUGGACCUUGGUGGUCGGGUGCAGGGGACGCGUUGGCGGCACGGCCAGGACAGUAUAGUGGAGAUCCGUUCUGUCCGUGUGGGCACUGUGGUGAUCAAAGCUGUGUACUCAGGCUUCUAUGUGGCCAUGAAUCGCAGGGGCCGCCUCUAUGGGUCGGUGAGUGACUGGCGGUGGGCAGCUACUGGGUGGCAAUGGUCAGUGGUGCAGACAGCCAGUCUCACGCACCCGCCCUGCAGCGGGUCUACUCUGUGGACUGUAGGUUCCGGGAGCGCAUCGAGGAGAACGGCUACAACACAUACGCCUCGCGACGUUGGAGGCACCGCGGCCGACCCAUGUUCCUGGCACUUGACAGCCAAGGCAUUCCCAGGCAAGGCAGACGGACACGACGGCACCAACUGUCCACACACUUCCUGCCAGUCUUGGUCUCGUCUUGAAGGGCCUGCCAAUGGUUCAGGAGGCAUGGGCGGCACACAGGGCCUGGAAGAUCCGGAGCUGAACAACCAAGGGCCAGGCCAGAGACCCUGGGCCAACACGAGUCUUUAUGUCACAAGCCGGGCGCCCGCUGGCUGCCGGGCAUGGAGACAUGGCAGGGUCCCUGCAAGUGAAGCCAGCGCUCAGGGGGAUACACAGAACUGGCAGUUUGCAUCCAUCUAGUUUGGAGAUGAGAACACUCUGGGCACAGCACGGAGAGGUUUGGAGGUGGGAACACACACCAGGUGGAUGAGGAAAGCAGGCAGGGAGGACCGGGGAGGGUGGACAUGUCACGGAGGGCAGGGCCCGCGUCAGUGGGGACAGAGACAUGUUCGCCCAUGUGGCCGAAGCUUGGGGCUGGAGUUAAGAGCACUUCUUGCUCUUCCAAGGGGCCUGAGUUUAGUUCUCCCACAUCAGGCUGCUCUUAAUUAUCCAUAUCUCCCACCCCAGAGGAUCUGACUCCCUUUUCUGUUCUCUGCAGGCACUUGCACUCGUGUGCACAUACCCUGCACCUAUACACAUUUAAAAAAAAAAAAAAAAAAGUUUUUUCUUGAGACAAGGUCUCUACAUAACCCUGCUGUCCUGGAAUUCACUAAGUAGACUAUGCUGGCCUGGAACUUAGAGAUCUGCCUGUCUCUGCUCCCUAAGUAUCAGGACUAAAGAUGUGCACCACCAGGCUGAUGUGGGGCCUCUGAACACUAUGUGUUCAAUGCCUGAGUUCCCUGGAGUCACUGGAAGGGACAGCCUGAGGAGGCUAGUGUCAGGUGGCCAUCAACAAUAAAUGUUUUGAGCCUGGG